AUGAACUUUAACUUAAAGAAGAGAAAGAAGAACAAUAGCCAUAGCCGUAGCACAGACUUGAGGAGGAUGAACAGUAGCCCAGAUUUGAGAAAGAACAAUAGCCCAGAUCAUUACAACCUCAAAACCAAGCUUCAACAAGAGCGCGACAAAGAUGAUAAUGGUUUGCAGCUUGCUCUUUCUCUUAAUUCUUUUCUAAAUGGCGAGUACAGUUCGUUGCCGGUAGACCAGCCACUUCCUCCGCCGCCGCCAUCUCCCCCUCCGCCACUCUCGCCACUGGCUCAAUCAAUAUCACUUCAAGCGCUGUUAUCAUCCCCACCCACCCCACACCGUCUAUACGCUGUGCCAGCCGCAUUGGUACCGGAAUCCUCGGGUUCAAGUACCUCGAUUAUGUGCGGUCCAGAAGGAGGCCCCCCUCGCCCCAUACGCGCUCGUCGUAAACAGUCACGGGUGCUGCGCGAGGGAAAGUCUGACACCGUCAACGCUCCGUUCCCAUGGGCCACGACGCGUCGAACCACGUUCUACAGUCUCGAAUGCCUGCUGUCCAAGCAAAUCGAUACCGUUACUGGCUCUGUCCAAUGCAAGCGGUGCGAGCGUCAGUACGAGAUUGGGUAUAAUCUGGAGAAAAAGUUUGAUGAAGUUGGGCAUUAUAUCGCGGAGAACAAGAGCAGCAUGCAUGACAGGGCGCCGAGCAAUUGGAUGAAUCCGGUUCUUCCAAAGUGCAAGUUCUGCGGUCAAGAAAACAGCGCGAAACCGAUUAUCUCACAGAAGAAGAAGGCGAUAAACUGGCUGUUUUUGCUUCUGGGACAAAUGCUUGGUUGCUACACGCUUGAGCAGUUGAAGUAUUUCUGCAAGCACACCAAGAAUCACAGGACGGGUGCUAAAGAUCGAGUUCUUUAUCUCACUUAUCUUGGACUAUGUAAACAACUCGAUCCUAGUGGACCUUUUGAUCGAUAA